AUGCCUCAAACAAGCGACGGAAAUGUCCAUGCCUUGCAUUAUCGCGAAGCAAAGCCUUCGCAGGGAGAUCCAUCACGACCUGUAUCAGAACUCUUCCGUCUCGACAAUCGCACCGUCAUCAUCACUGGUGCAUCGGGCUUCUUGGGAACGACUCUAGCAAUCGCCAUCUUUGAGAGUGGUGCCGACAUUGUCUGUCUCGAUCUUUCUCCCACACCUAACGCCGCUAAUUGGAGUUAUGUCGAAGAUGCUGCAAAGAAGCACCAACGUCAACUGUCAUAUCUCCAGCUCGAUGUUACUGAUGAAAAUGCGGUUUCGGAAACCUUUGCAAAUUUUGUCCCUUCUCUACGCUACCCAGUUAAGGGGCUUGUCGCUUGCGCCGGGUUGUCACUCAAUGGUCCUGCGACUGAAUUUCCGGCUUCUUCAUUUAGAAAAGUUCUAGAUAUCAAUGUUACAGGAACAUUCCUAAUCGCCCAAGCCACAGCCCGAGAGAUGACCCGCACGAACACCACUGGAAGCAUGGUUCUGGUUGCAAGUAUGAGCGGUUAUUGCUCUAACAAGGGUGUCGACACAGCCGGCUAUAAUGCAUCCAAGGCCGCCGUUCACCAGCUCACGCGUUCUCUGGCUGCUGAGUGGGGGUCGAGAGUCGAAAUACCACUCAUUAGAGUCAAUUCGCUAUCUCCCGGCUACAUUCGCACCGCUGCAACUGCCGAAUCUUUACAAAAGCCAGGCAUGGAGUCUCAGUGGACCGGAGAUAAUAUGCUAUACCGUCUGAGCACGGCAGACGAGUUUCGCGCACCCGUACUCUUCAUGUUGGGGGACGGAAGCAGUUUUAUGACUGGCGCUGAUUUGCGCGUUGAUGGCGGACAUUGUAGUUGGUAA